UCUCUCUGGGCCAUAUGCUCAGAAUCUCAGGACUAAUCUCUUCCAGUCCUGUCUGGAAACUCUUACUCACUGUAGCCCAGUGUGAGUGUGUAGUGCGACUGAUUAGUAAUAGAUAGUGUUUGUAGUACAUUGGUGACAUUUUGGAUGAGUUGGAGAAAAACAAUCGGAGAAGCGAUGAAGGGCAGACUACGUAACCCUGGUAACCCCUCCUCCUCCUCUUCCUCCUGCUCUUCCUCUCUCUGCAGUGGGGUGGCCAGAUCUGACAGCAAGAUUAGCGCCAAGGCUCUAUAUGAGCAACGGAAGAAAUACUCCAACUCCAAUGUCAUCAUGCACGAGACGUCUCAGUACCACGUGGAGCACCUGUCCACCUUCAUGAUGGACAAGGCAGAGUCCAUUGCCACAGUGGACGAUGCCAUUAAGAAGCUGGUGCUGCUGGACUCCAAAGAGAAGAUCUGGACCCAGGAGAUGCUGCUUCAGGUCAGCGACAAGGCUGUACGGCUACUGGAUGUUGAUACACAGGAAGAGUUGGAGAACUUUCCCCUGCCUACGAUCCACCACUGCCAGACAGUGUUGAAUCAGACCAGGUAUCCAUCCGUCCUACUGCUGGUGUGUCAAGACACUGAACAGCACAGACCUGACAUACACUUCUUCCACUGCGACGAGGUGGAGGCAGAGAUGGUCCAUGCAGACAUCGACAGCGCUCUGGGGGACAGCAAACAUGGAAAGAAGAUACGACCACAGACCUUGAAGGUGAACCAGGAGAAGAUGAAGCACCACAGAGAUCCAUCAUCCCCCCCUCUUCCGCCCCCAAGGGCUCGGCCCCCUCAGGCAAGGGCCGUGUGGCUCAUGAACAUGCAGGAUGUGGAGCGGCGAGGUUCGGCCCAGCAGGACCCAGAGUCCCAUGAGAAGUUGGCCCAGCGCAUUGAGAAGGACGUGCAAAUCCUGAACUGUUCCCUGGAUGACAUAGAGUUCUUUGUGGCUCGGCUGCAGAAGGCUGCGGAGGCGUUCUCUCAGCUCAACCAGCGCAACAAGAGUAAGAAGAUGAAGAAGAAAGGCCCAGCAGAAGGAAUGCUGACCCUGAGAGCUAGGCCCCCCUCUGAGGCAGAGUUCAUUGAUAGCCUACAGAAACUGAAGCUGGCUUUCAACCUACUGGCCAAACUGAAGAAACACAUCCAGAACCCCAGCGCUUCUGAACUGGUGCACUUCCUCUUCGGCCCCCUGGACCUGGUGCUCCAGUCCUGUGGUAGUGUAGAGCUGCCCCGCUCUGUGGUAUCCCCUCACUUAUCCAGAGAUGCAGUAGACUUCCUGAGAGGUCAUCUGUCGCCUAAAGAAAUGACCAUCUUUGAACUGCUGGGAGACGGGUGGACAAGACCUAGAGCGGACUGGCCACGGGACCAGUGUGCCUCUACCUACUUCCCUAAGUUCAGGAACGGGUGGGAGCCCCCAGCUGAGCUGUUCAGGACCUCCCCAUGGGAGACAGAGGGAUCAGGGGAAACUCCCAUGUCCUUCAUGUCCCACCCCAUGUCCCCACACAAGUCAGAAGAGUUUUUCGGAACCCAGUCUUCAAGCUCAUCAAAUGGGUCCUACAAUGGUCUGGCGUCCUCGUCCCGUAAAUAUGCUAAGAUCUGCUAUCACUUUGUGGCCCGCAACGCCAACGAACUGUCAGUACUGCAGGACGAGUUGGUAGAGGUGAUAGAGGACGAUAAACAGUGGUGGAAAGUGAGAAACAGGAGCGGCCAAUCAGGAUACGUCCCCUCCAACGUCCUGGAAGUGGUCACACUGGAGGAACCACACGGCAUGGCUGAACCCCUCUAUAGCCAGGCUGGCCAGCCCUACAGCCCAACCUCUCCCUCCAGCUCUCUAGGUAGAGGGGAGAGCUUUGACAUGAGCCGCUCCAAAGACUCUCGGACACACCAGAUGGAUGAGGUGAAUGAUGAGUUGUUGAAGAGGAUCACCAGUAAUAAGUCCCAGCCUCCAGCCCGUAACUUCAGGGUGGAGCGCCCUUCAAGCAGCAGUUCCACGCUCCUCACUUUCAAUUCCAGCCCCCCGCAGGUUACUGCCUGGCUCAACUCCAAGGGAUUCUCUAAACCGACGGUGGAUUGUCUGGGGAUCCUGACGGGUGCUCAGCUCUUCUCUCUGAACAAGGAGGAACUGAAGGCAGUGUGUGGAGAUGAGGGAGCCAGGGUCUACAGCCAGACCACCGUGCAGAAAGCGCAGCUAGAGAAGAGCAGUGGGGAUUCAGAGCUCCAAGAGAUCAUGAGACGACGACAAGAGAAGAUCGAUGCCGGCAAGGACUGAUCUGAACAUGCUCACUGACUUUCAACCAAUCACAGGCCAGCCUGCCUGACUGUCAACCAAUCACAGCCUAGCACGGCUGGUUACCAUAACAACCCUCUCCAGUACUAACCAACCAAAAGCCUUCCCCUCCCAAAGCGCCUACUUUCACGAACCAACUGUUUAUUUUUUUUGUCAGACAAUUGACAUUUAAUAUUGGCAUGUACUAUAAAUGUUGUUAUAUAAAAAAAUAUAUAUUUUAUUGUAUAUUUAUUUUGUAUUGUUUUGUGAAUGAGUAUGUUUACUUCAAAGAUGUUCUCUGGUAAUUAUGACUGCUUCUCUGUCUGACACGAACCACAUUUCCAUCCAAACAUUUCAUGCGGAUGAAUUACCUGACACAUGAAAGAAGUUACGACUGGGUUUAUGAAAACAUUAAAUACUGGUACAUUUGUAGAAAUGCCGAAAGACAAUUUGUUCGUUCGACAUGGCGGGAUCUUUUUUGUGUCGGUAAAAUUAAUUAUGCAAGAAAUGGUGGUGGAAAUGCCUUUAUACUUAAAUAUUGAUAUAAUAACCAUCGUAUUGACGUCAACUUGGAGUCAGGCGAUGAUAUGUUGUGUAGUCCUCCCCACGACGACUCGGUAAACCACGCAGUUUAUUAGGCUACAGAUGAAAUAAAUGAUGAUGAACUUCACCGGGGUGGUGAUGAGCUUGAUGCGCCUUUCCAAUCCAUAUCCAGGGUCUUAUUCCAGUGACAUGUUGAUAGAUACUUGGCUGCCGUUUGACAAAAUGAAAAAAAAUUAUAUCGCUUUUAUCCAUAAAUCAUCUCAUAAUGCACUGCAUUUGCAAACUGUUGGCUAGAGACCAGAGUGGACACAUUCGCCAUAUAUAACACAUCUCUUCUUUUUGUGAUAAAACCAUCAAGAGUUGAAAACGUGAUGGAAACCCAAUUAACUUCUAUUGGGAAUUUAACAGAAAAAGGUAUGUUUUAUUGGCACUACGCCACAGUCUUUUAUCCGCAAAAAUUACGUUUGAGGGAAAAACUUCUCUGGUGUGAAAAAAAUGUGAAUAUUGUUUUAUGGCAAAUGUUAGAAUAUUUGCAUGAAAAUAUGUUGCUAAUUGGAUGAAAAACCUGGCUACUCUUAACUUUGUAUCGUGGUGAGGGACCAUAUUAAUACCUGGCUACUGUCUCUUAACUUUGUAUCGUGGUGAAGGACCAUAUUAAUACCUGGCUACUGUCUCUUAACUUUGUAUCGUGAUGAAGGACCAUAUUAAUACCUGGCCACUGUCUCUUAACUUUGUAUCGUGAUGAAGGACCAUAUUCAUUUUGAGUGAGUGUGUUUUCUGGCUUUUAUAUCUCCCAUGUUUUAUCUCCAGGGAUUUUGUCAAAUCAAAUCCAUGAAGUUCCUCAAUGUAUACUGUCAAAUUGGAUGUCAAUGUUCACAUAAGGGAUGAUUCUAACCUACAGUAGUAGUACACAAUGUUAUACCUUAUAAUAAGUAGCGCUGUAUGUACGUUUUUGAGUUUUCUGAAUUUUAUUCUCAUAUCCAGUCACACAUAAUUACAGCUGUACAACUAAAUACACUUCUGUAAUUCAGCUACAUAUUCUAUAUUACUAAAUGUGAUACUCUAAUUCAGUUUACAUAUUCUAUAUUACUAAAUGUGAUACUCUAAUUCAGUUUACAUAUUCUAUAUUACUAAAUGUGAUACUCUAAUUCAGUUUACAUAUUCUAUAUUACUAAAUGUGAUACUCUAAUUCAGCUUACAUAUUCUAUAUUAUUAAAUGUGAUACUCUAAUUCAGUUUACAUAUUCUAUAUUACUAAAUGCGGUACUGUAAUUCAGCUACAUAUUCUAUAUUACUAAAUGUGGUACUCUAAUUCAGCUUACAUAUUCUAUAUUACUAAAUGUGAUACUCUAAUUCAGCUUACAUAUUCUAUAUUACUAAAUGUGGUACUCUAAUUCAGCUUACAUAUUCUAUAUUACUAAAUGUGAUACUCUAAUUCAGCUUACAUAUUCUAUAUUACUAAAUGCGGUACUGUAAUUCAGCUACAUAUCCACGGUCUAUAUGAAGUACGCUUUACAUGUACGAUAUUAAUCCAACCCAAUAUUUCUGUUCUGUGUUCAUGUUUUUUCCUCCAAUAAUAAACCCAAGGUGGAAAUUCAAACGGA